UGACGUCACAGCCGCCGCGAGAACGCUGCGGGCCAUCUAUAAGAGGUGUCAGGAUGCAGGCAGUCACCCGCUGUCAGUGACCUGCUGUCGGCUCCGUGGGCUUACCAUGGCUGCCACCUUCCUGCUGCUGCUGCUGCUGCUGGCAGCAGCACAGGCCACGGCUCCCCCGCCCUGCCAGGGUGACCCAGCGUCCUGGUGCUGGGACACGGCCACGGCUGCGCGCUGUGGCUGGGAGCAGCAGUGCCAGCACCUCCGCGACAGCCUGGCCCUGGGGAAUGUGGCUGACGGGGACGGCGUGGGGCAGGGCAGGGGGAUUAAGUGCAGCCUGUGUACCAAGGUCCUGAAGAAGAUACAGUCGCUGGCAGGUGACAACCCCGACGAGUCGGCCGUGGCAGCAGCCCUGCAGAAGGGCUGCCGGAUGCUGGGCCGGGUCCUCGGCAAGGUGUGCCAGCGGUUGAUGAACAAGUACCGGGACCAGAUCAAGGAGGAGCUUCAGAACGGGGACACGCCCCGGGACAUCUGCACUGCCAUGGGCAUCUGCCGGUCCUGAGCAGUGGCCACGGCACAGCCCCGAGUGCCCCCAAACCCUGAUGCUUCUCCAGCCCCUGAUGCCCCCACAGCCUUGCCAUCCCCCUCCCCCUCAGUAAAGUCCCUCCUCUGGCUUC